AUGGCAUCCUUCUUACCCCGCGCCGCCCCCCGCGCUCUGCGCUUCGCCGCACGCCCCGUGCUGCGCACUCCUGCCUUCCGCCGCGGCUUCGCGACGCCGCCAGUCGCUGAACAGCCUCCGCCAAACUUCCAGGCCAAGACCACGCAUGGCGAUAUCGACUUCCACAAGUACAUCGAGGGCAGCUGGGCGAUUCUGUUCUCGCACCCCGCAGACUUCACGCCGGUGUGCACGACGGAGCUGGGCGCGUUCGCGAAGCUGAAGGGCGAGUUUGAGAAGAGGGGUGUUAAGAUGAUUGGGCUGAGCGCAAACGACCUCACCCAGCACGACCAGUGGGUCAACGACAUCAACGAAGUCGCCAACACCACCGUCUCCUUCCCCAUCAUCGCCGACGCGGACCGGUCCGUCGCCUACCUCUACGACAUGAUCAGCCAAGACGACCUCGACGCGCUCGCGACCAAGGGCGGCAUCGCGUUCACCAUCCGCGCCGUGUUCGUCAUCGACCCCGCGAAGAAGAUCCGCCUGACGAUGCUGUAUCCCGCCUCCACGGGUAGGAAUUCCAGCGAGGUGCUGCGGGUGAUUGACAGUCUGCAGUUGGGGGAUGAGAGGGGCAUUGCGACGCCGAUUGAUUGGAACAGGGGGGAGGAUGUUAUUGUGCCGCCGAGUGUGAGUACGGAGGAUGCGAGGAAGAAGUUUGGACAGGAUAACGUGAGGGAGGUGAAGCCGUAUCUCAGGUUUACCAAUGUGGGGAAGUAG